CUCCUUCCACCCCAUUUAUGAAACCUCCAUGUCGAAUUCCAAGCUAUAAACUCUCUCACCUUCCAGCCUUGACUUCUUUACCACAACUCCACCGUAUCAGUUCAGUUCAGAGACUUCACUGGCAAACAGCUUUUGGCACAUUUUCUUCUUCUUAUUCUUCCUCUUUCAAUGCUGAAAUCCCUGCCUCCUUCCUUUCCUCAAAUAGUAGAUGCGAUAGUUUUAAGGUCAGGGCCGCUCAGCCUGCUACUCCGGGGCCUGAGAGUGCCGGGGAGGCUUCAGAAUCAAGUGGAUUGGCUCGAACUUUGCAGCUCGGUGCCAUGUUUGGAAUUUGGUACCUUUUAAACAUUUACUUCAACAUCUACAACAAACAGGUUCUGAAAGUCUAUCCGUUUCCAGCCACGGUUACAGCCUUUCAGUUUGCCUGUGGGACUGUCAUGAUCAUCCUGAUGUGGACUCUAAACCUCUACCCCAGACCGAAGAUCACUCGCUCACAGCUUGCAACAAUUCUACCACUGGCUGUGGCGCAUACGAUGGGAAACCUAUUGACUAACAUCAGUCUCGGGAAAGUUACUGUUUCAUUCACUCACACGAUCAAAGCUAUGGAGCCCUUCUUCACCGUCCUAUUCUCAGCCCUCUUGCUUGCAGAGAGGCCAACUAUCUGGGUGGUUUCUUCUCUUGUACCAAUUGUAAGUGGAGUUGCAUUGGCGUCCUUCACAGAGGCCUCUUUCAAUUGGAUUGGCUUUGGUAGUGCAAUGGCUUCUAAUAUCACUAACCAGUCACGUAAUGUACUCAGCAAGAAGUUCAUGGCCAAGAAAGAGGAGUGCCUGGACAAUAUCAAUCUCUUUUCAGUGAUAACCAUCAUUUCCUUCAUAUUGUUGCUUCCUUCUGCUAUUCUCUUGGAAGGCGUUAAAUUUAGUCCUUCAUACCUGCAAUCUGCUGCAAACCAAGGAUUGAACAUCAAAGAGUUGUGUGUGAGGUCGCUUCUGGCUGGUUUCUGCUUCCACACUUACCAGCAGGUCUCGUAUAUGAUACUACAGAUGGUUUCACCAGUCACACACGCAGUUGGGAACUGUGUGAAGCGAGUGGUGGUCAUAGUCUCCUCAGUCAUUUUCUUCCAAACACCGGUCUCACCCAUAAACUCCCUCGGAACUGCUAUGGCUCUUGCUGGAGUCUUCUUGUAUUCAAGAGCCAAGAGAAUUAAGCCAAAGCCCAAGGCUGCUUAAGUUGAGUUUAUCACCAAAGAGGAAA